AUGGCUCCCAUAAGCAAAGACAGACCUUGGCUCUUUACUACCUCGGGUUUCCUGAGAGGCAAAGGACCUGAGACCCUUUACGCUGGACAGAAACUCAACGACAAUGAAUGGCACACUGUACGGGUGGUGAGGAGAGGAAAAAGCCUUAAGCUUACCGUGGAUGAUGACGUGGCUGAGGGUACAAUGGUGGGUGACCAUACGCGUUUAGAGUUCCACAAUAUUGAAACGGGCAUCAUGACAGAGAAACGCUACAUCUCAGUUAUCCCCUCAAGUUUCAUUGGCCACCUGCAGAGCCUCAUGUUUAAUGGACUCCUCUACAUUGACUUGUGCAAGAAUGGUGACAUUGACUACUGUGAGCUAAAGGCCCGUUUUGGCUUGAGAAAUAUAAUCGCUGACCCUGUUACCUUCAAGACCAAGAGCAGCUACCUGAGUCUGGCCACACUCCAGGCCUACACCUCCAUGCACCUUUUCUUCCAGUUUAAGACCACCUCAGCUGAUGGCUUCAUCCUCUUCAACAGUGGGGAUGGCAAUGAUUUUAUUGCAGUUGAACUAGUCAAAGGCUAUAUACACUAUGUGUUUGACCUUGGAAAUGGUCCCAAUGUCAUCAAAGGCAAUAGUGACCGACCGUUGAAUGAUAACCAAUGGCAUAACGUUGUCAUCACCCGGGACAACAGUAAUACUCACAGUCUAAAGGUGGAUACCAAGGUGGUCACUCAGGUUAUCAACGGUGCCAAAAAUCUGGAUCUGAAAGGGGACCUCUACAUGGCUGGCCUUGCCCAAGGCAUGUACAGCAACCUCCCAAAGCUUGUGGCCUCACGAGAUGGCUUCCAAGGCUGCCUAGCCUCUGUGGACUUGAAUGGGCGCCUGCCAGAUCUGAUCAACGAUGCUCUUCAUAGGAGUGGCCAGAUCGAGCGUGGAUGUGAAGUUGCGUUGACCAAAGCUGACCUGCAAGGACCAAGCACCACCUGCCAGGAAGAUUCAUGUGCCAACCAAGGUGUCUGCAUGCAGCAAUGGGAAGGCUUCACUUGUGACUGUUCCAUGACCUCCUACUCUGGGAAUCAAUGCAAUGACCGAAUGGAAGUUGGCCCCACAUGGAUGGUGAAACUCUACUUUUGUCGGAGAGGAUACUCUCCUUGUGAGUGGCUUGAAGAGAGGCAGAAGAGACAUCUGGAAGCUCUUCUUCCUCCACCCUUAUCCAAAGGAGGAUUUCAUACCUGCCAGGAAGGAAAAUAG